ACCAGUCAUACCAAAGGUGACUCGAGAUAUGCCACGCGUAUAAAUCACUAUAAUCGACUGAAUAAGUACCUUCACCUACCUCGAAUUCGUGUAAUUGUCGUAUAACAUAAGUGUAAUUUGAAGAAAUUUGAAAAUCAAGUGAUAUGUGAGUUGACAGAACCUCAAAAACACGUGAAUAUGUCAAGUGAAUGUACCGUACUCGCUACUUUCUCGAGGUUAUCACGUUGAAAUUGGCAGUUGGACGCCUUAAAGGAAUGGGAUAUAAGAAAGGAAGAGGAAUCUUCUAAAGAUAAUCGUGACCCAGAGGAAUAGAUCGGCUCCGCAGAGGGUGCCAGUACGUAAGGAUUGUCGGAAGUUUUGCGAGGAAGGCGCGCGAGAGAGGCGCGCGCACGAUAGUAGGUCGAGUCGUGUUCGAUGAAACUCGGCUAGGCUCGGCUAAGUUCGAUACGCUCGAAUUCGAAGUUCGUUCGCGGCGACCGCGCGUUCGCUGUUCGGUCAGUCAGUCAGUCGCACGCGACAAACGAAGUCCUCGAGAAGUCGAGGAGGUUAGUAAACGCGCGAGGAAAUAUAGCGAACGAGACAUAACAGAGAAAGAGACAGAGACUGAACAAGGUGAAGAGAAAAAACGAUAAGUGACUCGAAGAAAACAAAAUAUUGGGUGAGAAGACGAUACAGCGAAUCUUACAUAGCGCGUUACAUUCACGUGAAGACUGGAGCCACUCUAGCGAGUGAGUCGAUCUCUCUGUUUGAUUCGAGAGAUCGACUGCUGCCCUUCGAGGCAGCGUCAAUUGGCAGACGGAGAAAAAAUCGUCAAAAGUGUAAUAGCACAAAGAGAAUCACCGACGAAUACGACGAUGGUAUACAGUGGUGGCUUCGACAUGGUGGAGACGAUGCCACAGACAGUACCUACUGCAGCCGGCUAUUCGCCGUCAUUCGAUUACAGCACAUUCCAGUUCGAUUUGUCCCUUCUGUCGGACGAUUAUGCCGCUACGAACACACAGAGCACACUGAAAGCAACGCAAAUCAAACAAGAAGCACAGUCGCCUCGCCCCGGUUCGCCGACCGCUUACUCGAGUUCACCUUACCCCGGUGCCGGUGGUGAACUAUCCCCUAACUACUCGCACGAAGGUUCACCAGGAUACCCGACGAGUCCAUACUACGUGCCUAGGAGUCCUCAGAGUGCUCAAUUCUAUCCGACCAGUCCAGAACCUUCCGCGAAGCAACCGGUUAAGAGAGAAAAGAGCCUCGAUCUUCUCGCUAUUUUGCAGGAGUCCAGACUCCUAGCCGAGAGUCUAGGCUACAGGGAGGAUUCUACUGACUGUACAGUACCGUGCACACCACCCAGGACAGAGGAGGAUAUUUACAACAGCCUUGACGCGGACUUCUUCGCGAAGAAAGAGGAUACCGCAGUACAAGGACACCCGUUGCUGAAGGAAAUCCUGUUCAAGGAAGAGCCUCGAUCCAGCUGUAGCAGCAGCAAUAGCAGUACCAGUGGCAACACCAGCAAUUCCUCCUCCCCGUUGUCGUCCUCCUCAUCGAGCACUUCUUCCUCACCAGAUCCUGUGGAACUCGAGAACAGUUCUCCUUUGAGAAACUUGCUGUUUAAAGGUACCAGAAAGGAUUUCGCGGAUGCCGCGAGAACAAAUGUUCUGAAACUUGAGAGAAUACAGGACGAGGCCCGAAAUCCUCUGCAAAAGGAGGAGGAGCUGUUUAAGGACGGACAAAAGAGCGAUCAUCAGUUGCUCAGAGAGGUUUUGAGGGAUACCAGCUUUCAAAGAAAGUACAAUUUGAGACCCGUGGAUCUGGGUAGCGUCGGAACAGGGUUCGUGGAAGAUAUGGAAGCCGGCGAAUGUGUCGGUGAUCUGACCAGAGAGCAGAUCGAACCUGUCCUCAGUCUGGCCAUCCAGCAGCUCCAGAAGGACUUCGACAAUACCUGCGUGGCUCUUGGUAUUCAUCCUGAGCCACGACGCUGGAGUGCUGCGGACGUAGCAGCUUGGAUCCAAUGGGCCAGAAGGCAACUGCAAUUGCCCUCGGUGCCACUGGAGAGCUUCAACGUGGACGGUGCUACGUUAGCUUCCCUGACGGAAGAGGAAUUCUGUCAGCGUGCCCCUCAGUGUGGAAGCAUUCUUCAUGCGCAACUAGAAAUUUGGAAAGCAACAGUCGAAGAAUCUCCACGUAACACACUGGCAGCUUCCUGGGUUCCCCCUGUUGUGCAAAUAUCUAACAGUAACAAUAACACCUCAUCCCCUAUUACGAAUACAACUCCAGCCAGUGUUAAGGGCUCCACUUGCAGCGGAGAUUUCUCCGAUGACGAGGAUGAGGACUGCGGUUCGCAAGCUGGAACGGGCGGUGGCGGCGGCGGUGGUGGUAAAAUGCGUAACGGUGGCUCGCAUAUUCACCUCUGGCAAUUCCUGAAGGAGCUGCUGCAAAGCCCUGGCGUCCACGGUUCCUGUAUACGUUGGCUAGACCGUGGUAAGGGCGUGUUUAAGAUCGAGGACUCGGUCCGCGUGGCCAGACUCUGGGGCAAACGAAAGAAUCGACCGGCCAUGAACUACGACAAGCUUAGCCGUAGCAUCAGACAGUACUACAAGAAAGGGAUCAUGAAGAAGACAGAACGUAGCCAGAGGCUGGUCUAUCAGUUCUGCCAUCCUUACUGUCUGUAAAUCCCGGUUCCGUUAAGCCUUUGCGCUCACGGACAUCGAACGUGUUACCUCGACGCCUUUCAAAAAUGUUUCAUAUUUAUUCCCGGCGAAAUACGUGACGAGUGGACGAGUCGAGUCUUGAUCACGUUCGAUCGCACGAUUUAUAAUAUUAUUUAUUGUAAAUGCGAUACGUGUCGGGGUAACAUCGAUGAAUAGCGUCGCCUAUCUUUGUCGUAAUUACUCGUCGAUUCUCGUUUAUGAUUAAAAUAUUACAUUACAUGAUUAGAAUAUAUACAUCGGCGAUAAAUUUGUCGACAUUGUGGACGAUCGAAUUCUUCUAGUUAUCGAUGGUUUAUCGAACGAGCGCAAAGAGUUUAACACCUUCCCGUCGGUUCGAGAUUCAAGGUCGUCUAGGCUGAAUACCUUGAGGCUGGCGUUCGUUUUCAAAGGGAGUUACGACGAAGGGCUUCCGACUCUUUCUGCGUGCAAUCUUUCCUCACAGGACUCGUCGCGAAGACGAACGAUGGUGUGCGUGCCUGUUUCUCUCGUUGCGUGCGUGUCUGUUCGGUGUGGUUGAUCUUUUGAACAAAAAAAUGAGACGACAAAGAAAAAGUGUAACAGUGAAGAAUCAGUACGGAGGUCAAAGAUAAAAAGAUACGAUCCACCGUGUCCGGUGUAUUAUCCUUCCAAGGAUAACGUCGUGCCACGGGUGGGUACCACUAAGUACGCCCGUUUUGGGCGAUCCUGUUUUCUUCCCUCUCCCUCGCCCCAGGUUUUUUUCCCCACUCUGUACCUCACUUUUUUCAUUUCUGCCCCGACUUUUCUCGUUGUAACAUAAACGAUUACCCCUUAAAAAGUAAGUUACUAUUUCGUUUCACGAUCUACAAUUUCCCCGUUCCGAUUAUCAGAGGCGUCGGGACGUAUGCAGAGUCGGUUUUCAAAUCUUUCGACUGGUACACUUUCAUUUUCAACUUGUCUUUUAAAUUCUUUUUUUUCUGAUAUAAAAUUUUAAAUAACGUAUAACUUCAUAAUAAUAUCAACGUAAUCGAUGAUCGCGUGUUAACGUAUCGAUACCACUUAACCACCAACGGUAUAUUAUGGCUCGUACUAACACUAACGUUUUACUAACGUAACGAUAAUGAUAUACAUAGUACGAUAAUGCUGCUAGUAUUAUUACUAUAUUCUCAUGAUAUCAGUAAUACUACUACAAUGUUAUGAGCGAUGUACUAACCGUAAUGUUAUAAUUAUAUACUGAUGGUGGUAUUAAAUCGGUAUUAUAUACCGUUGUAUUAUCAUUAGCACGUUAUCGAUGCACUUAAACGCGACGUUACGUUAACCCGCGAUGUUUUUACGACUAUUAAAGCGGUGAUCGAAAGACGAGAAGAUCGACGCGUUCGAGAUCUCGUUCGGAGGUACGUCCUACGAGGUUCGAACGUGCAACGUCGUGAUGCCGACAUUAUUGUUGUUCAAGGAUGGAAGAACAACAAGGAAGAAGCGAAUCAGUGGAGAUUUCGUUGGAGAAAAGGGAAGAAACUCCUCUUUCCUCUCUGUUCUCACGAUUGCUUACCAGCGCCGGUCGCCAAAGCCUCGAGCUGUAUCCAAUCCACGGAUCCACGAUCUAUGGACGAUCCAGCGUGCGGAACUAUUCGCUCAUGCUGGAUCCGUCCUGCCAUUUUAAUUUUUCUUUUUCAUAGGAAAUUGGAGUAAAUAGAAAGAGAGGGAAUUAUUGAGUCCUUUGAUAUUUUUUAUCAAACAUCUUUACAACGUUUAUAUUUCACAAGGCAAUGCUAGUUUAUGAAACAUGAAUUUUGUCGCUUGUAUAAAAGAACUAACUAUUUUUUAUGCUAAAUAUUUUUAAAAUUGUAGUAUAUGUAUAGAUAGAAAGAUAUUUUUGAUACUAUAGACAUAUACAAAAAGAACAUAUUUUUCUAAACAUAUUUUCCGAGCUUUUACAUACUCAAAAGUGCCUUCUUCGAUGUUCUUAAAGAUAAAGAAAGGAAGAAAGUCCCGGCAAUCUGACACGCGUCCUUUUGAAGUACGUGCAGCAUGGAGCGUCGGACUGUGCGGAAAAUUUUACUCGCGCGGCGUGAAACGAUCGACGCACGAUUGAUUCGUCCUAGGAUGCGCGAUCACGUCUUUCCUAUCUCGAAGAGAAGGCAUAGAGUUUCUUCGAAAGACGGAAGGAAAAAUAGGAAUAAAUUGAGAAAAAAGGAAAAACAAAGAAACGGUAAAAAAAUGGCGUUCGUGAAUAGCUCGAAGCUGAUACGUUUGCGCGGCUGGUUCUGGUGAUUUUGGUCCCAUAUAUCUAUGAUAUAUUAAACAUUGUAUGUUCCAUGAACGAUCUAGCGUGUAAGUUUCACUUUAGGCGUAUAGAUAUCAUGGCGGCUCACGUGAGCCGUCUGUUAAGUUACUCGAAGAGAUUCUCCUCUAUAUCUCCUCUCCUCCAUUUCCUCUUUUUCUAAUCUUUAUCUAAAUAGCGUUUAAUUCCGUUAAUCGUCAUGCUAACUUAUCAUUAAUUAACCGUGCUUCUUAUUAAGAUUUAUUUAAACCUACUCUGAAUACUUAAAAUAGAAUUCCUGACAAUCAUCGAGCUUUGAUCGCAUUCAUUCUAUAUGUCUUCUCUAUCCUCAUUCGUUUAUUUUUGUUUUUCUUUCAUUCAAUAUCGACUUAAAUAUCGAACGAUGAUUUAUUCGAAAAUUUUAGGGAUACACAGGUCAAAUAUAAGGAUCCUCUGGAAUUUAGAUCAGCACGAAGUAUCGAGCUUCUUCUUUUGUUCGAGGCUUCCGGGUCAUCGGAAUGCAAUUGCUAUUACAAUUCCUCACGCUUCAGGUCCUAAAGUCUGGAAUAGAAACGAUUUUUUCGUUCGAUAUUUAAGAAGAAACCUUAGAGAUCGAAGAUCGAGUGAACAGUUGAAAUUCGUCUUUGUGUAAUGUUUAUUUAAUGCGACUUUAUUUUAUGAUUAUUUAAGAACUCAUUAAAACGAACCCAUUGAUAGGUUCUACUAACAUCCCAAUUGUUUCGCUCACCGAUGUCGGUUGUAUAUAAUACUCGACGUAUAAUCAUUUUGUAUGUUCGUUUUAUUUUAUUAUUAUUUUUAUUAUUAUUAUUAUUAUUAUAUUAUAUAUUUUUUAAUAAUUAUUUAUUUAACUGAGUUCGUUCGUAAUCGUAUUAAUAUAUUUUAUAUAUGUACGUUUCAUUGUUAGAAAGUUGUUCUCUACGUAAGAUGUCGAGGUCGUCGUGGCGUGGCAUGCCAUGGAACUGGUUUCAAUUUCGCGUUUCGGUUCUGUCUCCGCGGACCCUGUUAUAUUAAACGAUAAAGAAGAACGAGUCACUCGGGGAAGAUUUUAUUAUUUAAAACGAUGAAAUUGAUACGACGACACGCGAUCGAAGGACGACCUGCAACUUUCGCCCCGUCCUGGAUGUGCAACUACCGCGCCAAAUAUAUCGAAAUCUCGAAAUAGGUCAUUAAGCCAAAGAACAUGACGAUGAGCUCGAUUAUGUUCUCGAAACUAGAGACAGAGGAAGAUAUGUUCGUUCUUAAUUCCGCGCGUUUGUGAUUCGCAAAUUUUAAUGAAUUAAAAUUCUGAAUAAAAGUUAAUUCCGUAGUCUAUAUACGUGUAUAUUAUCAUCGAGAUCAUGAAAUCGUGAACAUUGUAAACAUUCAUGGAGUCCUGUUGAAUUUUAACCGGUGCAUCGGUCGAAUUUCGAGAUUACAAACGUACGAGUAUUUAAGCCUGUAAUGUUUCUAUUGCCAACACGAAUACUCACUGCUAUUACCCAUUAUUCAAUCACGUUUUCCAAAAUUCCAGUCUCAAAUAAAAAUGCAAAAUGAAAGCAACCUGUUAGUUUUUUAUUCUAGAAAUUGUUCUGAAUAUAAGAGACUGCAUCGCCCGUGCAAUAUCAAAUUAAUUUCGAUACUAAAUACAAUAAGCUCUGAUAAACGAGUAGAAUUAUCCUCAAGGGUACCUGCGAAUUUGCUCUUAAUGCCAAACGCUGCAGAUAUCCAUCAACAUAAAAUGUUACACAUUCAGUUUUCAUGAUAUUGUAAUUUAUAAGUGGCCAAUAUAAAACGGAAUAAACGAGUAAUGUUUUAAUCAUUUCAAUCUGAAUAUUUAAAUAAAAACGUUUCGGGAGGAAACAAUUAUUAAAGCAAAA